AUGGGAGGAGAUUCAAACCAUGGUCAAACCGGUUCCAGUCAACGCCAAGCAGCCAGUUCCAGCCAAGGCCAAGCCGACAUCCAGCUGGCAAUCCCACGGUUGCUCGAACGUCUGACAAACCAGCAGCAGCCUCAGCAACAGAAUCCGGAACAAAUCCUGGAAUCCCUUUCGUCAAACAUUUCCGAGUUCGUUUACGAUCAGGAAAACGGAUUGACGUUCCAGCGGUGGUUUUCCCGGUAUCAAGAUCUGUUCGAGAACGACGCACGGCAGUUGGACGAUGCAGCGAAGGUCCGAUUGCUGCUCCGCAAGUUGGACACUCUAUCUCACAGCCGCUAUCUCAACUAUAUUCUGCCUGCACUUCCCAAGGACAUCGAUUUCCGAGAAACGGUAUCAACUUUGAAGAAAAUUUUCGGCAGUCAGGUUUCCAAGUUCCGAAAGCGCUUCCAGUGUCUCCAGAUUGUCAAAAACGAUAUGGAUGACAUCAUCGAUUACGGCGGAAAGGUGAACCGUGCAUGCGAGGAUUUCGAGUUCCAGAAUCUCACUCUGGACCACUUCAAGUGUUUGGUAUUCGUCAGCGGUCUGAAAUCGGCGAAACACGCUGAUAUACGAGCCAGGUUGCUGACCAAAAUGGAGAAUGAAACGAACGAAGCCCCAGCCACUCUUCAGUCGCUUAUUGACGAGUUUCAACGCCUCGCCAAUCUGAAGGAAGACACGUCGAUGAUUGAACAUCAAUCAAGCUUCAAAUCAUCCGUUCACGCCGUCAUAAACACGAAAAGUGCAACGAGUGAAUUCUCCGAAGCUACCCAAGUCACCGUGCUGGCAAAUUGUAACCGCACCGGCCACAAGGAAGGUUACUGUUCUUGUAAUAACAAAAGCACCGCCAACAUCACAAGCACAGUCCAACACAACGAUGGCAAGAAGCGUUCCAGAAGGAAGAAGCGUUCCAGCGCCGAAACCAGAGGGGUGUUCAUCAUCAACCAAGUUGAACAUCGUGCAAGCCGCAGGAAAUUUGCUUCAGUUCUUGUCAACGGACAGCCAGUGUCACUCCAGAUUGAUUCUGCCAGUGAUAUUUCCAUCAUUUCCUCAAAAGUUUGGGAACAAAUCGGCAAGCCUACCAUGAAGCCUUCUUCGAGUCAAGCCACAAAUGCAUCUGGUCAACCGCUAACCCUCCUUGGCGAAUUCAACUGCGAGGUAACAAUCAACGGCCAAACCCAGCAAGCAAGGUGUUUCGUGACAUCGGUUUCCGGUUUGAACCUGAUCGGCAUUGAAUGGCUAGACCUUUUCGAUCUAUGGUCUAUUCCGUUUAAAUCGAUCUGCAAUCAAAUCGCAAUAUUUUCACCGGAAAGAAUCGACAAGGAAAUCAAACAGAUGAUGGUCCAGCACAAGCAACUGUUCAGCGGCAGCCUUGGUCAUUUCAAUCGCUCUAAAGUUCAUCUUUACCUGAAACCAAACCCCAAACCGAACCUGGGAAUCAUCUCACCCAUAGAAUUCUCGGAGUGGGCAGCGCCGAUUGUAGUAGUGAAGAAACCGGACGGCAGAGUACGAAUCUGUGCUGACUAUUCGACGGGACUCAACGACGCAUUAGAAGCCAACCAUUAUCCAUUGCCAGUACCAGAAGAAAUUUUUGCGCAGCUGGCCGGCAGUCAAGUCUUCAGUGUCAUAGAUCUAUCGGAUGCCUAUUUGCAGCUGGAAGUCACCGACGAGUCGAAAAAUCUCCUCACCAUCAACACUCAUCGAGGACUUUUUCGAUUCAACCGUCUCGCUCCGGGAGUCAAAUCCGCACCAGGGGCUUUUCAAUCAAUCAUCGACGGUGUAGUAGCUGACAUUCCUGGUGUGCGCCCUUUCAUCGACGAUGUUAUCAUCCACGGCAAGAGUUGGGAAGAGCAUUCGAAAUCCUUACAACUCUUACUUCGCAAAUUCGAGGACUGCGGUUUCCGGCUCAAAAUUGAAAAAUGCAAGUUUUUCCAAACCGAAAUCCGUUAUCUAGGCCACAUCGUUGAUACAAAGGGUAUCCGUCCUGAUCCGGCGAAGAUCAAGUCCAUCGCCAACAUUCCUGCGCCAAAGAACGUUUCCGAGCUCCGUUCGUUCCUUGGUGCUGUUAAUUAUUACGGCAAAUUUGUCAAGCAAAUCGACGACUUACGGCAUCCCAUGGACCAGCUGUUGCGCAAAGACGUGAAGUGGGAAUGGAAUUCCGAAUGUCAACAAUCAUUCGACAAAUUCAAGCAAAUUCUAAAUUCCAACCUGUUGCUGACACACUACGAUCCCAAGUUGCCUAUCGUCGUAGCAGCCGAUGCAUCAAAGACGGGAAUUGGUGCCGUAAUUUUUCACAAGUUUCCGAAUGGUUCUUUAAAAGCGAUUCAACAUGCAUCCCGAUCCCUCUCAACUGCAGAGCAAGCCUACGGUCAACCUGAGAAGGAAGCACUAGCGCUUGUGUAUGCUGUAACCAAAUUCCACAAGAUGCUUCUAGGAAGAAGGUUCACUCUUCAAACCGACCACAAACCUCUGUUGUCGAUUUUCGGUUCGAAGAAGGGCAUUCCUCUCCACACCGCCAACCGGUUGCAGCGAUGGGCGCUGAUAUUAUUGAACUACGACUUCGAAAUUCAAUACAUUUCUACGAACGAAUUUGGUUGUGCUGAUAUGUUGUCUCGACUUAUCGACAGCAGCAUCCGUCCGGAAGAGGAUUACGUCAUCGCAGCGAUAGCCUUGGAAGAAGACAUGGUAAGCAUCCUACAAACAUCCAUUGAUGCAGUUCCAGUAUCGUUCAAAGCACUCCGUGACGCCUCAAGCAAAUGCAACACACUUAAACAGGUGAUCCGACACAUCAACGAAGGUUGGCCAGCUUCAUCACAACUCGUCAGCGAGCCGGUCAAACCGUUCUUCCAACGUCGUGAAUCUCUAAGUGUGAUCAACGGAUGUGUGAUGUUCCAGGAAAGAGUGGUCGUUCCGCAUACUUACCGCAAACGAUUACUCAACCAAUUUCAUCAAGGACAUCCUGGUGUGGUCCGAAUGAAAGCUGUAGCCCGCAGUUUCGUCUACUGGCCGGGAAUCGAUGGCGAAAUCGAAGACUUCGUUAAACGGUGUACCCAUUGCGCCAUCGCAGCCAAAGCUCCAACGAAGGUGAAAUUGGAAUCAUGGCCCAUUCCGGAGAAGCCCUGGUGUCGAAUCCAUAUCGACUAUGCAGGACCAGUUGACGGUGUCUACUUUUUGGUAGCUGUGGAUUCCAGUUCCAAGUGGCCAGAGGUGAUUGCAACCAAAUCGACAACGGCGAGCUCAACCAUCAAGCUUCUUAAGCAGAUGUUCGCUACAUUUGGAAUCCCUGAAACGAUUGUGAGCGACAACGGAACCCAAUUUACGAGUUUUGAGUUUCAAACAUUCUGCCAGCAGUCCGGCAUCGAGCACAUCCGAACGGCGCCAUUCCAUCCACAAUCAAAUGGGUUGGCAGAACGUUUUGUGGACUCUCUCAAGCGUAGCCUGAAGAAGAUUCGAUCGGGGGGAGAAACUCUCGAGGAUGCACUUCGAACGUUCCUGACUGUUUAUCGCUCAACACCAACUGAAGAUGGACAGUCACCAGCACAGAGGAUGAUGGGAAGACCGAUGCGAACCGUAUCAUCACUUCUACUUCCUCCGAAACCAACUCGUGUGAGGCCCAGCUCCGUGAUGAACCGCCAAACUGAAACAUUCAACCAAAAACAUGGUGCCAUCUCCAAACAGUUCAAGCCCGGUGACACAGUUUACGCGCAGGUACAUCACAAGAACUCUUGGUCCUGGAAAGCCGGGGUGGUCAUCGAGCGGAUUGGCAAUGUGAAUUACAACGUUCAGCUUCAAGAAUCCCAACGUCUCAUCAGGUCCCAUGCCAAUCAGCUCCGCACACGCCUUUCCGAAGAGGUGGAAUCCAAAACCGAAUCUCCGUUAUCAAUUUUCCUUGAUGGUUUUGGUCUUCAAAUUUCGCAGCCUCCACGACCUGUACCUCAAGCCGAUGAAUCAGUGCCGGAACCGGAAGAUGGUGCAGAACCCCACUUCAAUUCAUCUCUCCUAACAGACGAUGAAUCGCUCAAGUCGGAUGAAGGUGAAACCAAAGUUCCGGAAGAGGUUCCAGCACGACCAAAACGUCUCCUGCGGCUACCAUCCAAGCUCGAAGGGUACUGGAUGUUUUAG